AAUUGUGAAUUAUCUGAGGACAUAAAAUGGAAAUUGAAAAAAAGAAAUAGACGACUUUUUAUAUUGGCUCAAGAUUAGAAUCCUCACAGCAAGCAAGAAAUCUAAAAGAAAGAUAAAACUGGUUAAAUUCCCUAAGAGAAAAUCCAUCCAAAAAAAGUAGAGAUGACACUUCUUCUUCCUCAACCAAACCAUAUCCACAAGCCACCACUAGUGCCAUACCGACGCCUCCGAAAACCGUACAGAUUACCAGUGAUCUCCGCCGUAUCCGGUAAGCAGCUGGUAACUUCAGGGGAGGUCCGGGCGGUGGAGCCGAGAGAAGCGAAGACGGCAUUGGCGUCUGAGGGAUACGUGAUGUUAGACGUGAGGCCGUCUUGGGAAAGAGAAAAGGCACGUGUGAAAGGGUCCUUACACGUGCCACUCUUCGUGGAGGAUACAGACAACGGGCCAAUAACGCUGCUGAAGAAAUGGAUCCAUCUUGGAUACAUUGGGCUUUGGACGGGCCAGAGAUUCACCAUGUUUAAUGACGAAUUCACCCUCCGUGUUCUAGAGGCUCUCCCGGACAAGGAGAGUAAAGUGCUCGUCGUGUGCGGUGAAGGACUCAGGUCGUUGAUGGCAAUAUCGAAGAUGUACGGAGAAGGUUACAAAAGCUUAGGAUGGUUAGCCGGAGGUUUUAAUAGAGCAACCGAAGGAGAUUUUCCAGAGAUUGAAGGAACAGAAGAGCUUCGGUUCGCGACGAUAGGCGGCGCAUCAUACUAUUUACUCAAACUACUUGUAUUGUUGCAGAGUUUUGGCAAAGAGAGCCGUUGAAUUUCAUUGAUAUAAUAUAAGAUAACAAAAACAUAUUUGGAUUUUUUUUGCUUCUGAUGAAUUGGUUUCCGAAGCUGAAGCGUAGUAAUUAAAUGACCUUUUU